GACGACGAAUUCUUUGUGAAAGAUUUGCAGGAUUGUUUCAAGGAUACAAAUGCUUGCGGGAAUAAACACAUUUUCACGUUUUGUGCGACCUAAACAGAAGGUUAACUGAUCUCCGUCUGCAGAAUUGAAUUGAGUUUCUUACUUGAGGUUACAGAAAAUCUGCAUGGAAACAUCUAUGGUCCGUUGUUAACAUGGAUCUCGGGCUUCCGUUUAGUUCUGGCUGUAACGUUACUGAAAUGCAGCAGGUUGACCUACUGAGCAUGAUGGUAAAGCAAGAAGAUAUAAAAGAGGAGGAAUAUUGUCAUAUUCCUGCAUUUCAACAUGACGAAGAAAAGCCAUUUGUAGGGCUACACUGUGAAACUGACAUUGAGAUAGACGUCGCAGAGUCCAGCGGUACUGAAACACAACAGACAACGGCGGUUACGCUGAAGAAAGAAGAGGACGAAAAGGAGUUUGAUUAUAGAGACCCUGUGUCUCUGGCCCAGAUGAAGAGGGUAUCAGUGGUGCUGGUGGACUGCUGUAGGACACAAGGCCAGCAACGAAAGAAGGACAUGCAGACCAACAGAGAAGCACAUCAGCCAGAGACCACAUCAUCUUUGCAGCAAGGCACAGCAAAGCGUCUCGUCACAAAAAAAACGGCAGCUGUUUCCAAGGUGCUGCUGUGUGACGAUAAGGGCUGGAUGGCUAAUAUGGAAAGCCGCCUAGCCGCCAGGACAGCGGAUCUUACAUCAGAACGAGCUCGAGUAGCUCAACUGCUUGCCGAGAAUGCAAGUUUGAAAGCUGACCUGUCAGCCAGCAGAGCGGAGGCAGACCACCUCCGACGAGAGAUACAGGGGCUGAGAGAGGCCAGUCAGAGGGGGCUGCUCGUGGAGGAGAUGAGAGCUGGCAUAGGAGAGCUGCAUUCGGUUCUACGUAUGGUGAACUCUACGCCUGCGAGAUCAAUCCCCAGACGCGCCUCAACACCUGCACCAGAAGUAGAUUCUUCAGAUUGUCAGAUGUCCCCAUCGGCCCUUUCCUCUUCCUUAACAAACAGCAUCCAAAUGACCGGUCAGUGGGCAGACGUCAGCUUGCGUGAUUUUGGACCAGAAGACCAUGUUAGACUCCUCCAAAUGAGCUUCGGCCAAGUGGGCAGAUAUGGAUGCCUGCUCUUCAGACACAUUAUCUCGGAGGAGAACUACCAGGCAUGGAGCAAGACCACAAACUGGGAUGGUUCUAGAGGUAAACGAUCACUGCCUCAAAAUGUGAAGAGCUUCGUGGUUUCUACACUGAGGCGUCACUUUCCUGACAUGGACAGGGGGGAACUGAAAGAGUGUGUUGACAAGAUCAACGAAUUCCUGCGUACAACACGGAAGAAUUCCCAAGGACUCACUCUGCUCUAAUGACUCCAGAACACUGCACAGUAGACUGCGUUCCAAAUUAUUAUGCAAAAUACAUUUUUCUCAGAUUUUCCUAAAUAGUUGAUGCAAAUGACCGUCAGUAUAAUUUAAGUCAAACCGUUAGAGUAUAAUUUGAAUUUUAUUGAACAAACCUCACAAUGAUACGAGUUUGAAAAUUAGUCUUCAUGUAUUCCUGAGCCCACUGGAUGAUAUUGCUCCAUUAGAACUCAAGACAGCUAUGACCGAACAUAUCUUCUCAACAUCUGGAACGUCCAGCUUCAAGGGAAGGGGAACUUAAUUUGAUGUCAGAGUUUAGUUUGAUAGACUAUGAAACUCUUGUAAAAACUGUCCAGAACCUCAACUCCUCCACAUGUGGCAUAGACACUCUACCUACCAUUUUUUUUUAUAAUCUGUUCUUCACCUCAUAGCAGCUGAUGUGCUUCACAUUGUAAAUGCAUCAUUACUGUCUGGCACAUUUACUAAGUCCCUGAAAACAGCUGUUGUAAAGCCCCUUCUCAAGAAGAAUAACUCAGAUGCCACCAUGCUAAACAACUACAGGCCCAUAUCCAAUAUACCUUUUAUUGGCAAAAUUAUU